GCCACAAACCACAAUCAUAAAAGCCACGACUCUUUCAAUUUGUGUAUGCAACAUAGAUGGCACUUUCCACUUGCAUUCCCAAGCUUUCAAGGUUACAUCCACACUAACAGACGCAAAUGCCAUUUCUUCUCCAUGAUUCUCCAACACGCUUCUCUCUGUCCCUGCAACACUAACACCACCGCAUUCCCCUUCUCCCGCAGAACCAGGAAGCGCUUAUUCUCCCGCAAAUUCCGCAGAAAAUGGACCCUCCUCUUCUGCGCAGCAAUCCCCUCCGACGCUACUCCCAAACACAGCCUCACCAACCGCCCAACCCACGCCCUCAGACGAAUCUCAAACCAACUCCAGACCGCCGAUUACGACGCCCAAUUGCAGCCACAACCGCCCUCGCCGCCGGUUCAAUUAGGUUCCACCUUCACCGGCUUCCGCGAGGAUCCCAUCGUCGAUAAGCUGAGGACGCAGCUAGGCGUCAUUCACCCGAUUCCCUCUCCUCCGAUUAACCGCAACGUCGUCGGACUGUUCGUCUUCUUUUUCUUCGUCGGCGUCGUCUUCGACAAGCUCUGGACUUGGCGCCGCGGCAGGGGCAAGAGUGGCGGCGAGGACAGGCUGCGCGGCGCCUGGCCUCAGGUGCCCACGAGCUUCUCGCUGUUUCUGGAGAAGGAUUUGCAGCGGAAGGAGUCGGUGGAGUGGGUCAACAUGGUGUUGGGGAAGCUCUGGAAGGUGUAUAGAGGCGGAAUUGAGAAUUGGAUCAUAGGGCUGCUUCAGCCUGUGAUUGAUAACCUCAAGAAGCCUGAUUACGUCCAGCGGGUGGAGAUUAAGCAGUUCUCCUUAGGGGAUGAACCCUUGUCUGUUAGGAAUGUUGAGCGCAGGACCUCUCGCCGGGUCAAUGAUUUGCAGUACCAGAUAGGCCUUAGGUAUACAGGUGGUGCUCGCAUGCUGUUAAUGCUUUCUCUGAAAUUUGGCAUAAUUCCAAUUGUCGUACCUGUUGGUGUUCGAGAUUUUGACAUUGAUGGUGAACUUUGGGUAAAAUUAAGACUAAUACCAACAGAACCUUGGGUAGGAGCUGUUUCAUGGGCUUUUGUUUCACUUCCAAAGAUCAAAUUUGAAUUAUCUCCAUUCCGUCUGUUCAAUUUAAUGGCAAUUCCAGUUCUCUCGAUGUUUUUGACUAAACUUCUCACUGAAGAUUUACCUAGACUAUUUGUACGGCCAAAGAAAAUUGUUUUGGAUUUCCAAAAGGGAAAAGCUGUUGGCCCAGUUGCUGGUGAUGUUAAAUCUGGAGAAAUGCAAGAAGGAAACCAGGAUUCUGUGGGUGAACUAUCUGUUACUCUUGUGGAUGCUCGAAAGCUUUCUUAUAUUUUCUAUGGCAAGACAGAUCCUUAUGUUAUUCUUAGCCUCGGAAAUCAAGUUAUACGAAGCAAAAAGAACAGUCAAACCACUGUAAUUGGACCCCCUGGAAUGCCAAUUUGGAAUCAGGAUUUUCAUAUGCUUGUUUCCAACCCUAAAAAACAGAAGUUAUCUAUCCAAGUUAAGGACGCUCUAGGAUUUGCAGAUUUGACUAUUGGUACCGGAGAGGUUGAUUUGGGAUCUCUUAAAGACACUGUACCAACAGACAGAAUUGUGGUUUUACAAGGAGGUUGGGGAUUUUUAGGGAAGCGCUCUUCUGGGGAAAUAUUACUUCGGCUAACAUAUAAAGCAUAUGUGGAGGAUGAGGAAGAUGAUAAAACUGUGCUGGAUUCCAUUGACACCGAUGCUUCUGAUGAUGAAUUGUCUGAUUUAGAGGCAAAUGUCACUAAUGAGAAGGAUGAAAGAUAUUCUAUGUAUGAAACAGAGUCAUUUAUGGAUGUUUUGGCAGCAUUAAUUGUUAGCGAAGAAUUUCAGGGGAUAGUAGCAUCUGAAACAGGGUUUAGCAAAGCUUUGGAUAAUGGCUCAAAUGCUGGGCCUAAAGUGUCAAAAUCUUCAGUCCCCAAUGCUGAACCAAUUCCUGCUAGUUCUGAUAAUUCUGAAGGCUCUGGAGGGUCAGCUUUAUUUUGGCUUGCUGUGAUUACUAGCAUAUCUCUACUAAUUGCUCUCAAUAUCGGGGGUUCCAGUCUAUUCAAUCCUUAAGGUGGAGCAGUAAAUAUAAUUAGAUAUUUUUCCUCUAUUCAUUAUUACAGUGUUUGUAUAUUCAUAUUCAUGAGUACUUACCAUUGAGGAAAGCAUAUACCGGCGGCGCAUAUUUUUGGCUUCGUUUUGUGAAAGCCACAAAUUUUAGUUCACCUUCAAAGUUGUAUUAAUUGUCUAUAUGCAAACGUUUUGUUUUAUACUCGGCAAUAAUAAAAUAGAAUAACAGGUUUAUUUUAUCGGCCAAA